CCCGACUACUCAACUACUCAACUCCCAAAGCACCAAUCCUCCUUGCUGUGCUCGCAUCGAGUGUGAGCUGACAAUGGCAUCUACUUUCUUCAACAACAAGGCCCGUGCCGCGGCCGCUGCUGCCUCUAGCAGCUCCAAGGCCAAAGCAAGCGACAGCAAGGAAGAUACAACUCGUCUACAGCCAUGGGUUGAGAAAUACCGUCCCAAAACCCUCGAUGAUGUCGCCGCACAAGACCACACAACCAAGGUCCUUCAGCGCACCUUGCAAGCUUCCAACCUUCCUCACAUGCUCUUCUACGGACCUCCAGGAACAGGCAAAACCUCCACCAUCCUCGCCUUAGCCAAAUCCCUCUUCGGCCCCGCUCUCUACCGCUCCCGCAUUCUCGAACUAAACGCCUCCGAUGAGCGAGGUAUCGGCAUCGUCCGUGAGAAAGUGAAAAACUUCGCCCGUGCACAACUCUCCCAACCAACCGGCCUCGACGCAGCCUACCGCGCACAAUAUCCCUGCCCGCCUUUCAAGAUCAUCAUCCUCGACGAGGCGGAUAGUAUGACCCAGGACGCGCAAGCCGCGCUUCGCCGCACGAUGGAGCAGUACUCCCGCAUCACCCGAUUCUGUCUGGUGUGUAACUACGUCACUCGCAUCAUCGAGCCGUUGGCUAGUCGAUGCAGUAAAUUCCGCUUCAAGAGCCUUGAUAACGCCGCGGCGGGUGAUCGGGUUGCGGAGAUUGCGCGCGCGGAGAAUCUGAAGCUCGAUGAUGGUGUUGUGGAUACGCUUAUUCGGUGCGGUGAGGGUGAUUUGCGUCGUGCGAUUACUUAUCUUCAGAGCGCGGCGCGUUUGGUUGGUGCUACGCGUGCGGGUGGGAAGGAUGCGGGUGGGAAGGAUGCCGAUGAUGAUGCUGAGAUGACGGAUGCGGGGAGCUCGGAGUCGGGUACUAUUACUGUCCGGGCUAUCGAGGAGAUUGCGGGUGUUAUUCCGGAGAGUAUUUUGGAUGAUUUGGUACAGGCUAUGCAGCCGAAGACGUCGGGUUCUUCGUACGAGGCCGUUUCCAAGGUGGUGACGGAUCUUGUUGCAGAUGGGUGGAGUGCUACGCAACUUGUCGGCCAGUUGUACCGACGGGUCGUAUUCAACGAGGCUAUCCCCGAUGUUCAGAAGAAUAAGAUUGUUAUGGUCUUUUCGGAGCUGGACAGGCGGCUGGUCGAUGGUGCGGACGAGCAUUUGUCUGUGCUGGAUCUCGCUCUACGCAUUGCGAAUAUCCUGCGUGGAUGAUGGGUUUGAAAAGCGAAAAGAACGAUCCUUCGGGUUCAGCAUGUGGUUGCUUCGGUGGUUUAUCUUAUUUCCUCUGGUUUCAAUCGGAGAUAAUUGGAUAUUCGGCGAAGUUGACUAAAUGCAUAGAUGGCGUUUGGCUGGGUUUGACUCAUUGAGGCGUUAUGUAUCCAUUUUAUGGUUUGAGAGAAUGAGGAUGAUUAUGAUACCCUGAUAUUCUCUUUCUAUUUUCCAGUACCUUCUACCUGGCUCUUUCUGGGAUGGCUCUUAAACUCCUCGUGGCGGGAUCAUGAAAUCUGGACAAUCUAGG